CUAACUUUGUUUGGUUCAAAAUGGAGCCAACUAAUUCAAGAGGUACUAGUUUGAGAGAAAAAAUAAUCAGGGGAAGUAGUUUGAGAGGGAGCUUAAGUUCAAAGAGGAAUAGUACUAAUAACUCCAGGUGGAGUGGCAAUGAUGGGGAGAUUUUUAAUCGUUCCACGAGGGACGAAGAUGAUGAAGAGGCUCUUAAAUGGGCAGCUCUUGAAAAACUUCCAACGUUUGAUCGUUUGAGAAAAGGUCUCUUGUUUGGAUCACAAGGUGCAUCUGCUGAAAUUGAUAUACAUGAUAUUGGUUUUCAAGAAAGAAACAAGUUGCUUGAAAGGCUUGUCAAAGUUGCAGAUGAGGAUAAUGAGAAGCUCUUGUUGAAACUCAGGCAAAGAAUUGACAGAGUUGGGAUAGAUUUGCCAGAAAUAGAAGUAAGAUAUGAGCAUUUAACUAUUGAGGCAGAUGCAUAUAUAGGAAGUAGAGCUUUGCCUACAUUUAUCAACUUUAUCUCUAAUUUUCUUGAGGAUAUAUUGAACCCUCUCCAUAUCCUACCGAGUCGAAAGAGGAAACUAACUAUUCUUAAUGAUGUGAGUGGUAUCAUUAGGCCUCGCAGAUUGACUUUGCUUUUAGGACCUCCAAGUUCCGGGAAAACUACAUUAUUAUUAGCUUUGGCCGGAAAGCUUGACUCUGCCCUUAAGGUUACUGGAAAAGUGACCUAUAAUGGACAUGAAAUGAAUGAGUUUGUGCCGCAAAGAACAGCUGCUUAUAUUAGCCAGUAUGAUUUACAUAUUGGAGAAAUGACUGUGAGAGAAACCUUGGAAUUCUCUGCCAGAUGCCAGGGAGUUGGAUCGAGCUAUGAGAUGUUGGUUGAACUGACAAGAAGAGAGAAAGAAGCUAAAAUCAAGCCAGAUCCUGAUAUUGAUAUUUUCAUGAAGGCAUUAGCUGCAGAGGGACAAGAAGCCAAUUUUGUUACAGAAUAUGUUCUGAAGCUUUUGGGGCUGGAUAUUUGUGCAGAUACUAUGGUGGGAGAUGAAAUGAUAAGGGGAAUUUCAGGAGGACAAAAGAAGCGUGUGACAACCGGUGAAAUGCUCGUUGGACCGUCAAAGGCACUUUUCAUGGAUGAAAUCUCAACUGGAUUGGAUAGUUCCACUACUUACUCAAUAGUGAACUCACUAAGACAAUCUGUGCAAAUCUUGCACGGAACUGCUGUGAUAUCUCUCUUGCAGCCAGCACCCGAGACGUACAACUUGUUUGACGACAUUAUUCUGUUAUCAGAUGGGAAAAUUGUCUAUCAGGGCCCUCGAGAGGAUGUGCUUGGCUUCUUCGAGUCCAUGGGUUUCAAAUGUCCUGAUAGAAAAGGCGUGGCCGACUUCUUGCAAGAAGUGACUUCAAAGAAAGAUCAACAGCAAUAUUGGGUGAGGAGGGAUGAAACUUACCGGUUUAUCACGUCAAAAGAAUUUGCUGAAGCAUAUCAAUCGUUCCAUGUUGGAAGGAAACUCGUGGAUGAUCUUGCAGCUUCAUAUGACAAGAGUAAAAGCCAUCCUGCUGCUUUGUCAACUCAAAAGUAUGGUAUAGGGAAGAAACAACUCUUAAAGGUCUGCACUGAACGAGAAUUCUUACUAAUGAAGAGGAACUCAUUUGUUUACAUCUUCAAGUUCAUUCAGCUUACAAUUAUGGCACUCAUAUCAAUGACUCUCUUUUUCCGUACUAAGAUGCCGCGUGAUAGAAUUGAAGAUGGAGUAAAAUAUGUUGGUGCCCUCUUUUUUGUAGUCACUAUGAUUAUGUUUAACGGAAUGGCUGAGAUCGCCCUGACAAUUUACAAACUUCCUGUCUUCUACAAGCAAAGGGACCUUCUCUUUUACCCUUCAUGGGCUUAUGCAAUGCCCACAUGGAUACUCAAAAUCCCUAUAACAUUUGUUGAAGUUGGACUUUGGGUGUUCCUCACUUACUAUGUCAUCGGAUUUGAUCCGAGCCCUGCAAGAUUUUUCAAACAGUUUUUGCUACUCAUAUUAGUAAACCAGAUGGCGUCAGGAUUGUUCCGCUUCAUUGGGGCAACUGGAAGGACCAUGGGAGUUGCUAAUACAUUUGGAACAUUUGUUCUGCUUUUACAGUUUGCAUUGGGUGGAUUCGUUCUUUCACGAGAUGAUGUGAAGAAAUGGUGGCUAUGGGGUUACUGGUCAUCACCAAUGAUGUAUUCUAUGAAUUCAAUUCUUGUGAAUGAAUUUGGUGGAAAAAGGUGGAAACAAAUUGCACCAAUUGGAACUGAUUCACUUGGAGUUGCAGUUGUAAGAUCUCGAGGGUUCUUCACAAAUGCAUACUGGUACUGGAUAGGCGUCGGUGCACUAAUUGGAUUCACAAUCGUCUUUAACAUCUGCUACAGUCUUGCACUAGCUUAUCUCAACCCAUUUGGUAAGCCGCAAGGUAUGAUAUCAGAAGACAGUGAUGAUGCCAAAACAACGAGCACUGAGAAAGAAGUGUCCACUAGUGAGGGCCAGAAUAAGAAAAAGGGAAUGGUUCUUCCAUUUGAACCGCAUUCUAUAACCUUCGAUGAAGUUACAUACUCUGUUGACAUGCCUCAGGAAAUGAAAAAUCAAGGUGUCACUGAAGAUAGAUUGGUACUUCUGAAUGGUGUAUGUGGAGCUUUCAGGCCCGGUGUUUUGACAGCAUUGAUGGGAGUUAGUGGCGCUGGAAAAACAACGUUAAUGGAUGUAUUGGCCGGACGAAAAACAGGAGGAUAUAUUGAGGGUAGUAUCAAGAUAUCUGGCUAUCCGAAGAACCAAGAAACAUUUGCACGUAUAUCCGGAUACUGUGAACAGAAUGAUAUCCAUUCACCUUAUGUUACAGUUUAUGAGUCAUUAGUAUACUCAGCUUGGUUGCGUUUACCUUCUGAUGUUGAUGAAAAGACCAGAAAGAUGUUUGUUGAUGAAGUUAUGGAACUUGUGGAGCUUACACCAUUAAGGUCAGCCUUGGUUGGUCUUCCAGGAGUCAAUGGUCUCUCAACUGAGCAACGCAAAAGGUUGACCAUUGCAGUAGAACUAGUGGCAAACCCCUCUAUCAUUUUCAUGGAUGAACCAACUUCGGGGUUGGAUGCAAGAGCUGCUGCAAUUGUUAUGAGAACUGUUAGGAACACAGUUGACACAGGAAGAACCGUUGUUUGUACCAUCCAUCAACCUAGUAUCGACAUUUUUGAAGCCUUUGAUGAGCUAUUUCUAAUGAAACGAGGAGGAAAAGAGAUAUAUGUUGGUCCAUUGGGUCACCAUUCUUGCCAUUUGAUCAGAUACUUUGAGUCAAUUCCUGGGGUAAGUAAAAUACAAGAUGGCUACAAUCCAGCAACUUGGAUGUUAGAAGUCACAAACUCAGCUCAAGAAAUGAUGUUGGGGCUUGAUUUCACCGAUUUAUACAAGAAAUCAGAUCUUUACAUGAGGAACAAAAUAUUGAUUAGAGAACUUAGCGUGCCUGGCCCUGGUACAAAAGACCUGCAUUUCAACAAUCAAUACUCACAACCAUUUUGGACCCAAUGUAUGGCUUGCCUUUGGAAGCAACAUUGGUCAUACUGGCGUAAUCCUGCUUAUACUGCAGUCAGAUAUAUCUUUACAAUCAUCAUCGCCUUGGCCAUUGGGACAAUGUUCUGGGAUCUUGGUACUAAAGUCGGUAAGAGCCAAGACCUAUUUAACGCUAUGGGAUCUAUGUAUGCUCCAGUUCUCUUCCUUGGUUUUCAAAAUGCAUCAUCAGUGAUGCCUGUUGUAGCCGUUGAGCGUACAGUAUUUUACAGAGAAAGAGCUGCUGGAAUGUAUUCUGCCCUCCCAUAUGCCUUUGGACAAACUUUCAUUGAAAUUCCGUAUGUCUUUGUGCAAGCUGUUUCCUUUGGUGUUAUCGUCUAUGCUAUGAUUGGAUUUGAAUGGACAGAGAGUAAGUUCUUUUGGUACUUGUUCAUAAUGUUCUUCACUCUCUUGUACUUCACCUUCUAUGGUAUGAUGAGCGUUGCCAUUACCCCAAAUCAACAUGUCGCGCAAAUUGUCUCUGUCUCCGGAUAUGGAAUGUGGAAUCUCUUCUCAGGAUUCAUUGUUCCACGACCUAGUAUGCCCAUAUGGUGGAGAUGGUACUAUUGGGCUGAUCCUGUUGCCUGGACAUUGUAUGGUUUGGUUGCAUCACAAUUCGGAGACCUCCAAAACAAAAUUACUGAUAGUGAUGAAACAGCCAAACAAUUCCUUAGGCGUUACUUCGGGUUCAAGCAUGAUUUUAUUGGAGUAGCUGCAGUUGUGACUGUUGCAUAUGCUGUUGUUUUUGCCGUCACAUUUGCUUUGGCUAUUAAGGUUUUCAACUUCCAGAAAAGAUAGAAGAGCUUACCUGCUGAAGAUAUACAUGAGGAAAAUUGAAGAAAUGCUUAUAAAACUAGUGUAUUCAGGUUACCACUUGAAGAUGUAUAUAUAU